AGAGUACUCGUGCUAAUCACCUACCCCAGGCGGUCUUGAAUAUAUGUUCUGAUGCGGUUAAAGGUGUAGGAUAGUCUUGCAAGGGAAAGAAACGGUCUUGUCUACCAGUACAAUGAGAAAAUACCCGUCCCUCCUCUCCCUGGCUCUGGUCUGCUGCUGCUGUAGCAUACAGGCUGAAGUCUUCACCUCUAUAGGUCAAAUGACAGACCUGAUAUACACAGAGAAGGAGUUGGUUCAGUCCUUGAAAGAAUACAUCAAAGCAGAGGAAUCCAAACUAGAUGCUGUGAAAAGCUGGGCCAACAAGCUGGACGUGCUGACGCGUGCCUCCACCUUAGACCCGGAGGGCUACCUGGCCCACCCCGUCAACGCCUACAAGCUGAUGAAGAGGCUCAACACGGAGUGGUCCGAGCUGGAGAGCCUGGUGCUGCAGGACCCUUCAGACGGGUUUAUCUCCAACAUGACAGUACACAGGCAGUACUUCCCUGACCAGGAGGAUGAGAAAGGUGCUGCCAAGGCACUGAUGCGUCUCCAGGACACGUACAAACUGGACUCUGAGAGUUUCGCCAGGGGCAAACUGCCAGGGAUGCACCACAACGCCAUCCUGACAGUGGAUGACUGUUACGAUAUGGGGAAGACGGCGUACAACGAGGCAGACUACUACCACGCGGUGCUGUGGAUGCAGCAGGCCCUCAGGCAGAUGGAUGCAGAGGAGGAGCAUGUGGUGUCCAAGGCCGAUGUCCUGGACUAUCUCAGCUACUCUGUCUACCAGAUGGGAGACCUGCCCCGUGCCAUCGAGUUGACACGCCGCCUAGUGGCCAUCGACUCUAGCCACCAGAGGGCAGGAGGAAACCUGCGUUACUUUGAGAAGCUGCUGUCCAAGCAGCUGAACGAGCUGAACCAGGAGGGCCAGGAGCCAGCCACCGAGGAGCCCAUCCAGCUGGGGACCUACAAGAGACCCAAAGACUACCUGCCUGAAAGGGAGAUCUAUGAGGCCCUGUGCAGGGGAGAGGGAGUCAAAAUGACCACUGAGAGGCGCAGCCGGCUGUACUGCCGCUACCAUGACGGGAACAGGAACCCUCGCCUGCUGCUCCAGCCCAUGAAGGAGGAGGAUGAGUGGGACAGCCCACACAUCGUCCGCUACCUCAACGCUCUGUCAGACCAGGAGAUAGAGAAGAUCAAGGAGCUGGCCAAGCCCAGGCUUGCAAGAGCUACUGUUAGAGACCCCAUAACAGGCAUUCUGACCACAGCAAACUACAGGGUAUCCAAAAGUGCGUGGCUGGAGGGGGAAGAGGACCCUGUUAUUGAACGCGUCAACCAAAGGAUAGAGGACAUCACAGGUCUGACAACGCAGACUGCCGAACUACUCCAGAUUGCUAACUAUGGGGUCGGAGGACAAUACGAGCCACAUUUUGAUUUCUCCAGGAAAGAGGAACCUGAUGCUUUCAAAACAUUAGGCACUGGAAAUCGUGUGGCUACUUUUUUAAAUUACAUGAGUGAUGUUGAAGCUGGAGGAGCCACUGUGUUCCCAGACUUUGGAGCAGCUAUCUAUCCCAAAAAGGGAACUGCAGUCUUCUGGUACAACCUCUUUAGGAGUGGAGAGGGAGACUACAGGACCAGACACGCUGCCUGUCCUGUGUUAGUAGGAAGUAAAUGGGUGUCCAACAAAUGGAUCCAUGAGCGAGGUCAAGAGUUUAGGAGGCCAUGUGGCCUGACAGAAGUGGACUGAACCGAACCUCUCACCUCUGACCUCAGACUGGAGGUGUACACUCUACCUACAGUGCCUGAACAUUUGAUUGAUCUCUCUCUCUCUCUCUCUCUCUCUCUCUCUCUCUCUCUCUCUCUCUCUCUCACUCACACACACACACACACACACACACACCCUACUGUGGUAUCCAUUCGUUAAAGGCUCUAAUUUCUUGUUAUGAUUUUUUGUUUAAAAAAAAAUGACAUGCAUAAUCACAUACUGACAGCACAACCCAAUGAGAACUUACUGUUUUCUGUCCACUACAUUUGCAUUUACAGACUGAUUAAAUUAUUACACUGUAUCAUUGUGACAUUUUUAAAAAUGGAAAAUGUGAACCACAAUAAACAGUGUCUUUUAUUAAUGCCCC